AUGAAAUUCUUUCUUGCUUUUGCUUUAAUUUUCGUAAUCCUCUUGGCGAACGAUGCCCUAUCGAUUCCAUUAUUGGAUAAACAUACAAAGAAAAAUGAUAUUUGUGACCAUCAAAAAAAAAAUAAAGGCAAACAAAUUCCUGGUGGAUCUUGUUCUACGACCAUCCAAGGAGAGAUACCAUCUAUCGACCAUAUGGUUUCAACAAUAAUCAUCUCCCCAGAUAAUAAUAAAGUAUUGUCGGCUAAUAAGCCAUUCAAUAUUGUGCUUUUAACUGAUAAUUUAGAAACCGGACACUUUAGUGAUCCAGAUACACAAUAUUACGCUGAACCGCAAACACUUGACAAAAACGGUUUGAUAAAAGGUCAUGUACAUGUUUCCAUUCAAAGUAUUAAUGGUAAAAAACCUCCAAAUGCCAAAGAUUUUGUAUUCUUUAAGGGUAUAAAUAAUGCGGCCGAUAAAGAUGGUAAAUUAAGUGCUACAGUCGACAAAGGUUUAAAUCCCGGACAUUACAGAAUUUGCACCAUUGGUAGUUCUUUUGCACAUCAACCCCUUCUUAUGCCAGUCGCAAAAAGAGGUUCUACUGAUGAUUGUAUAAGAGUUACUGUAAAGAAUGGUAAAAGUAAAAGGGCAAUGUCAGGAGGAUUUAACCUUAAUUAA